AUGGAGUUCCCUAAUCUCGGAGCAAAUUGUGCAGUAUCAACUUGUCGAAAGCUUGAUUUUCUGCCUGUUCAAUGCUCUGGAUGUCAUAGUAUUUUUUGCAAGGAUCAUUAUUCAUAUAAUAGUCAUAAUUGCAAAAAUCCUGAUAUUCAAGAUAAACAGGUUCCUGUAUGUCCUUUAUGCGGGACAAUUGUUCCUCUAAGACCAGGAGAACUCCCAGAUGUACAAGUGGGUAAUCAUAUAGAUACAGCAUGUCGUUCAAAACCAGCUUUAGAGUUAAAAGGAAAAUUAUUUACAAAUGCCUGUUGUAUGCAUCGAUGUAAAAAGAAAGAACUGGUACCAUUUAUUUGUGAUGGAUGCAAAUUAAAUUUUUGUAUUUCACAUCGUAAUGAAUUAGACCAUGAGUGUAAAGGAUUUCAAGGGAAUCAGAAUACUUCAAGAAAGUUAUCAUCUACUGGAGCAGCAGCUUUAUACAGAGCUAUAUUUAACAAUUCCAAUAAGAUUACAACUUCUAAGGAUGAAUCAUUGACAACUAAUCUGCAAUCAUCAUCUCCUGUUAUACAACAUAGUACAAAUUCGCAUACAAUUGAAGACGAAGAAGAUUUUCAAUUAGCUUUAGCUUUAUCUGCUUCACUUGAAAACAAGACAACUACUUCACAACCAACUAGACGUACCUCUUCAAAAUCACCAUCAUGUACGAUUUCCUAA